AAAAAAAUAGUGCUGUGUGUUUUCAACAGUGCUGUAACUAGGAGGCUGAGACUAGGAAAAAAUGUGGAUCUCCAUUUAACCUAUGUAUAGGCGUGUAUGUUCAACCCCGACUCUAGCUUUAACUCUAGCUGUCAUGAUGUUGCGGGAAACGCUUUGUGUGUUCGUCUUGGUGGCUACGGUCCGCUGCUUGCCGACUGAAAUUGAGGCCAAAGCCAAAUGCGGAUCCUCGUUCAAGCUGACGCUGGAAAAUGAUUAUCGCGUGAUCAGUAAAGCUGUCGAGGAGACAAACGACACGUGCACGAUCAAGUUCACUUCGGACACCGAGGGGGACUGUAAGGGCACGUGCUACAUAUUCAACCAUUACGCGGAAAUAUCGGACGACAAAGUGACAUUGAAUGUGGGCAAAACGACCUAUCAGAAAGGAAGCGAUUUUCCGAACGAGCCCAAGUGCACUGAUGACGUCAGUGUCGACGUAGCGUUGAUCCACGCAGCGGGAUUCAUGUAUAACAAGACGUACCCCAACUACAAGUUCAAGUUGAACGUCUACAACAAGUGCGGACCAAAGGGCGAGGUUGUUAGCCUGAACUUUGACCAGGCAAUCAGGGAAGUUGAUGGUUACCACCACGGCGAAGAAAGAGAGUCACGUGAGAAGAACCAGUAUAUAGCAGGAAUUCUGAUCGGAGUGGGACUCGCUAUGUGCUUCUUGAUUCUGCUGGGACUCGCCCACUGCUAUACCAGCAAGGGCGCCAAUCGCCACUCCAGUCGCAGCGCUCUGCCCAAACACGGCGCUAAGCAGUUUACCCCUGGACAACAACCCGUACAAGUAGAGAUGGGUGUCCGUUACAAGGCAACAGAUCCUGACAGAGUGGCAGCAAAACCUCUGAUGACGGGCCAGGGCGGAUACGCAGCCAAGAAAGGAAAUGAGACAGACGAAACGAUGAAAACCGAGAAUGUCAACUGAAAGCUCAUUUACUCAAGAAACAAAGAAAGACAACAUAAAAAAGUUUGAAGACAAUGCUGACACCGACAUGGGAAACAAUAACAACCCUGAUGCAGAGCCACAUAGAGUUAGGAUAUUAUUGUCUAAGAUAGUAUUGUCUGUUCAAGCAAUUAUUUGGCAUAUCAUACACAAGAUUACGUAUAUAAUUGCAUAAUAUGUUUAAAAAAAUGUGUUAUUUGUCAUACAUGCAAUGUCAUUAUGAUGGGCCAAGGUAGGUUUGAUCGCUCUUGAUAUUUUGGAGCUGAGGCAUUUCUUAU